GCACAGGGAAGUGUGGAUCAGCUGCCACCGUGUCGUGUCAUGAAGCCGGCUAUCAUUGUGCUGUGUGUGUUGUCGGCCGUCUGCACUGGAAACCAAUAUGUGUAUGAGGAUGCCAUAAAUGACAUUUACUGUGACACAAACAGCAAGUACUUUUCAGCAAACAUUGAUGAAAAUCACGUAUUGUAUGUGGACUUUGAACACAACCAGGUGGUCAGCACAUUGCCGGAAAUUGUUGGCCCAAUACCAUGGGACAAAUUUUAUGGACUGAUAUUUGCUUACGCCUACAAUGAAAUGAUGGAAUUCAAAGGGUUCAUGGAAGAUAUGCGGAAAGGAUUUGGCAACCCUCCUGAGAUGGAAGAGGCCCCGGUGAGUGUCAUGUACCCCCGGGACGAGGUGCACCUAGGGUUCCAGAACACCCUCAUCUGCUACGUCACAGGGUUCUACCCUCCGCGGAUCUCCGUGAGGUGGACACGGAACAACCACAACAUCACCGAGGACCUGAGAUCCAGCCAGAUCCACAUCACAGCAGGCGGUUCCUUCAACCAGUUCUUCAGCCUGCAGUUCACUCCAGAGGAGGGCGACAUCUACACCUGCACUGUGGAGCACUCAGCACUGGACUGGCCAUUGACCAGAGAGUUCGAGGUUGAGGUUCCUCAAGAGGCCAGUGUGGGUCUGUCCGUGUUCUGUGGAGUGGGUCUGACCCUGGGGCUGCUGGGCGUGGCUACCGGAACAUUCUUCUUCGUCAAGGGAAAGGACAUUCCCACCAGACCUCAGAACCCUCUUUAGAUGAGCUCAUCUGUAUGCCACAACUGCUGUUUACUUUAAUGACAACCUUUUACUAAAAGCUUCUGAUUAUCUAUCAGCCUUGAAAUAUAUGUGCAUCAUGUUUUCUUCUAUCAUUGGUGAUGGUGCAUAAGCAACAUUUCUGUGAAUUGCGUUUUUACAUUUUUUUGUAAAGAUAGCCAUGUAAAUAAUAAGCAUGAGGUAUUAUGACAAACCACUACAUUCAAUGUACUGUAUACAGUUUAAUACUCAUCUUGAACAAGCAUGAUAAGGGCUAACAAUGUGCCAUGAUGUCAUUGAAUGUACACUCACAGAAAAUAAGUAUAAACUUCA